CACGACCUCAUACGUUUCUGUGCUCUCGACGCAGUCGGACGUUUAAAAAUAAACGCGCUCCACCAAAAAUACCUAGCCCGCUGGCCGCAAACGCAAAUAAAUCUGAACAAAUUCGAAUUCCAUCCGGAUCAAACAAACACACAAGCCCGAAAAUCAGUUCUUCGACUCCAACGGCCGAGAAAAACGCAACAGUUUCAGAAUGUUCAGCUCGAUUUCAGCUUCCUUGAAGAACUUCGGCGACAAGACCGCCAACCUCUUCAGCAAGAAGAAGGAUGAGGCCGAGAAGCUGGCCAACGAGAAGGCCGCCGAGGCACAGAAGCUAGCCGAGGAGCAGGCCAAGAAGGUGGGCCAGUCCGUCCAGCAGACCAAGGGCGAGGCCGAGCAGUUGGCCGCCAGCACGGCCAAGGAAGCCGCUGCUCUGGCCACCGCGGAGGCUCAGAAGGCUGGACAGGCAAUCGACCAGGGUGUGAACCGUGCCGCUGGAGCCGUCAACCAGGGCAAGCAGGCGGUGGACAACACGGUGGCCCAGGCGGCGGCCGUGGCCCAGAACUCCAAGCAGGUGGCGGCCAAUGUGGCGGAGGCCUCCCAGCGAGCGGCCGCCAAUGCGGUGGACCAGACCAAGAAGGCGGCCAACGACGCCAUCAACAAGAGCGUGAAGGCCGCCGAGAACGUGGCGGACCAGAAGCUGAAGCAGGCGGAGGGCGCCAUCGAUGGGGCUCUGAAGCAGACCAGCCAGACGGUGGACCAGAAGCUGCAGGAGGCCAACCAGUACGUCGACCAGAAGCGCCAGUCCGUCGAGAAGACCGUCCAGGAUGCGGCCGGACAGGCCCAGGAGUCCGCCGGACAGCAGGCCAACGCCCUGCUGGGCAAGCUGCAUCUGGGCCAGAAGUAGAGGCGUCACCCUUCGCGGGGCCACCUAAAAUAUCUUGAUGUGAAAAUGCUUUAGAUACAAAAACAAAAACAAACAGAAGGGAAUUUGCUUCAAUGUAACGAGUGCCAGUAAUGUGAUUGCUAAAUCCUCAAUUGAAUAUACAUAUAUAUAUAUAUACACAUAUUUUUGGAAUAUCGCGCGGAAGGAUUAUUUUGCAGCCGUUGCUUUCGAUGUGAGCAUUUCAGCACAUCUCUGUCUGUAUCCGUACAAAGUGUAAUUAACCCCUUCGUUCUUCUUCGGCCGACUUUUGUUACUCUGAGGCAUUUGAUAUUUUAUAUACAGCUGCGCUGAGUAUGCUUUUAAUAUACGUAUAUUCUGUUUAUGUAGAGAUGUAUGAUUAAGUACCUUUAACUCUUGCACAAUACAUUGCAAAUGUGUUUUUAAUAUA